GGCGAAAUCCCAAGUACUUUGGGAAAUUGUCCCAUGUUGAAAUACCUUUAUUUGGAGGAUAACUUAUUUAUGGGUAGCAUCCCAUCCUCCUUCAGUGCUUUAAAAAAUCUUAAAAAUCUUGACCUUUCAAGAAAUAAUUUAUCUGGACAAAUUCCAAAAUAUUUCCAAAAUCUCACCCUUCUACAGUAUUUGAAUCUGUCUUUCAAUGAAUUUGAAGAAGAGGUUCCAUAUGAAGGGGUCUUUGGAAAUGCAAGUGAAGUUUCAAUUGUUGGAAACCAACACCAUUGUGGAGGCAUUCAGAACCUUGGACUCCCUCCAUGUAAAGCCCAAGGCUUAAAGAAGAACAAAAGGUCUCACAAUCUUAAAAUUGUGAUUCCAAUUGUUUCUUGCUCAAUCUUAUUAGCAGUGUUUCUGUUUCUGUUUCUUUUCACUUGGGCAAGAAGAUCUAAGAGGAAAGCCUCUUCCCUGCUACAAACACAGGAACCAUUUCCAAAGAUUUCUUAUGCAGAGUUAAGUCAACCAACUAAUGACUUCUCAUUGACUAACUUGAUUGGUGAAGGAAGUUUUGGCUCUGUUUAUCAAGGAAUCAUGGGUGAACAUGGAAUGCUAGUUGCAGUGAAAGUGGUGAACCUUAAGCAAAAAGGAGCAUCCAACAGGGUCAAUUUCAAGGCUAUAGUGUAUGAGUUGAUGCAAAAUGGAAACCUAGACGAGUGGCUGCAUUCAAAUGAAGUCCAAGUAGGAGUUCACAAUUUCAAUUUCAUCAAGAGACUGAACAUAGCAAUUGAAGUCGUAUAUGCAAUUGAGUAUUUGUAUUACCACUACCAACCAGCAAUUAUUCAUGGUGAUCUCAAGCCAAGCAAUAUUCUACUUGAUCAUGAAACGGUUGCUCAUGUGGGUGACUUUGGACUAGCAAGAUUUCUUAUUUCCUCAAAGAAAACAAGCUCACUUGGUAUAAUAGGGACCAUUGGCUAUGUUGCACCAGAAUAUGGUACGGCUGGAAAGGCAUCAAUGGCAGGAAACGUGUUCAGCUUCGGAAUUCUCUUGUUGAAGAUGAUUAUAGGGAUGCGACCAACUGAUGAAAUAUUCAAAGAUGGCCUGAACCUUCACCAAUUUGCCAAACUAGCAUUGACAGACCGCGUGAUGGAUAUUAUUGAUGUUUCAUUGCUGCAGGAAGUUCAAAAUAUAGAUGAAAAUGUUGGGAACACUCGAAGAAGCAGUAGAGAAAGGACAAUUAGUAUCAAGGAGAUCCUGAUUACCUUUGUAAGAAUAGGAGUUCUUUGCUCAAGGGAGUCUCCAAAUGAUCAAACGGAGAUGAAUGAUGUUGUUGCAGAAUUAUGUGGAAUUAGAGAUAAGCUUCUUGGUAAUUAUAGAUUCAGAUAAAUGAUCAAAUUAUUGGCAAUUUGACUAGCCAUGUAUCAUGUAUCCUUGUGUAACAUUUUCGGAUGAUAAAGAAUGCA